AUGGAUAUCUUCAGAUCAGUAUCUGCUGAGGACCCAUCUCCGCCUUCAUCUCCCAAGACCUCCUCCGAUCCGAGCUAUAAUUCCGAAACUACCCCUUCCUCACCGUCAAAUUCCCAAUCCCAAAACCCUAACCCUAACCCCCAAAUUUCAUCCGUCACAACAACGAGCUCCUGGGCAACCUUCGGCUCCUCCUUUUUCAAAUCCGUUGCCUCCAAAUCUGAAUCCGUAAUCAGAAAUUACCGCAACGAUCUCGAGGAAUUCAGUUCCGGCUUGAGAAAAGAAACCACCGUCAUCCGUGAAGCCGCCAGACGCGCUGUUGAAAACCUUCCCGGUCGGCUCGAAUCUGGGGCCGCAGUCGCUCAAACUUCCCUUGAAUCUGUCGGCCAAGUGAUUGAUGACCUCGGUGGAGCUGUUUCCGGGAUUAUUAUUCAUGGCAAAGACUCCAUUUUUCACCCUAAUGAUGGUGAUUUUGAUGCUUCUGAUGUUGAAUUAGUUGAAAGUGGUGAUGGGAAUGGCGUAAAUAAGCAAAAUUUGAAACCUUAUAGUAGAAUUGAUGCAUUGAUUAGAGCCAUGCAAUGUGAUAUAAAGACGUAUUGCGAGGAGCCUGAGGAGGUAGGGGAGUAUGAGGAGUGGAAAAAGGGCUUUUUGAUUGAUGAAAAGAUUGGUGAGAUUGAGGAUUUGGUUGACGAAAAUGGUGUUAUUGGGGAGAUUUAUGAUGAGGUCGUUCCGGGGAAGGUCGAUCGCGAGACCUUUUGGAGUAGGUAUUUUUAUCGAGUUUACAGGGUUAAGAAAGCAGAGGAGGCAAGGGUGAAGCUCGUGAGGAGAGCGAUCGAGGGAGAGGAUGAGGAGGAUUUGAGUUGGGAUGUUGAUGAUGAUGAGGAGGAUGGGGACAGUGGGUUUAAGUCGAGAGAGGAGUUGAAGAAAGAAAUUGAAGAGACCGAGAAGGAAUUGGCUAAUGGAGAUAAGAAGAGAUCAAGUGUGUCUGAAGACAGUGUUGAAGGAAGAUUGGAGGAUGGGAAGUCAGACAGGGGGAGUUCAACAGGGAAGAACGAUAUUAGUGAUUUCUCUUUAGUUUCAAGCCAAAGAUCCUCACAUGAGGAAGAAGAGAUUGGGUGGGAUGACAUUGAAGAUAUUGGAAGUGAUGAUGAUACCAAGGUCGCCGCAAGAGGCGGUCCAAAUAAUGCUGAUCUGCAGAAGCUAUCGACUGCCGCUGAGAAAGAGGAACAGUUGCCUUGGGAUACUGAGGAUGAUGACGAACCUGCUAGGUCAUGA